CUCGAGUUCGGAACAUGAAGUUUCCCAGCCCCGUGUCACACACUGAAAAAAAUUACCGUUUUCAUAAAUCUUACUCUCGGCUUUGCCCAGAAUGCCCAAAGCCAGAGUGAGUACAGAGACGAAGGAAUCAGCACCCGAGAGGCCGGUGCGAGUCGCCAAGCGGCCUCCUUUCGCUGCGGUGAGAACCUCAUCAAGUCCCCGCCAAGAGAGGAGUCUCUGUCUUGGAGAGAUCAGGACGAACCUUGGCUCCAGUCCUUUCAACCUUCACACUCAUCUGCAGGAAAGAAGACCGCAGAAAGCACGCAUGCUGCAAAUGGGGCCAACACCAGAGGCAUCGCGCUGCCAGAGAAAACCGUCGGUAGCAAAGGCACCGCCCAUGAGAAGGACGCCGGGAUGCCGGGCAACCUCGUGCCGGCUGUCAAGCAGUCCAGCGAGACGCAGUGGGAAUAUCACAACGUGGCCACCGACAUCGUCUCUGCCACACAGAAACCACACCCCGGAGACCAACUGGACAUGCAACUCAUCCAGCAGCUGUGGUCCCUCAUCCCCAACAGUGACGUGAGGAAGCUCAUUGCUCACGAGAUCCGGACUCUGAAAUGGACCGCUCUGAGCCCCAGGUGAGGCUGGCGUGUGCCAAGCUCCUCUCCGGAACCGGCCUCCUGAUGAAGCGUCUCAGUGAGCAGCAGGAAGUAAAGGUUCCCGAGGCAGAAUGGGAUACAGACCAGUGGAAGACUGAGAACUACAUCAGUGAGAGAAGGAAGACCAGGGUGAGCAGAACAGCCAGAGGCAAGUGAAGUGAGAACAGAUUUCUUUCUUUCUUUCUUUCUUUCUUUCUUUCUUUCUUUCUUUCUUUCUUUCUUUCUUUCUUUCUUUCUUUCUUUCUUUCUUUCUUUCUUUCUUUCUUUCUUUCUUUCUUUCUUUCUUUCUUUCUUUCUUUCUUUUUUAAAUUUUUUAUUGAAUCACCAUGUGGAAAGUUACAAAGUUCUCAGGUUUAUGUCUCAGUUAUACAAUACUCAAACACCCAUCCCUUCACCCGUGCCCAUAUUCUACCACCAAAGACCCCAGUAUACCUCCCACCCCCCCGCCCCCCGCCCCCAUCCCUGCCUGCUUAGUUGAUAAAUUUCACUUCAUUUUCACUUUACCUUGAUUACAUUCCAUAUUUCAACACAACAUUCAGUAUUGUUGGAGUUUUCACCCAAGAAAGACAGCCCUACU